ACCAAAACCCCAAUUGUACAAUGCAAGAAGCAGGUAGCGUGACGAAGAUCUUGCACAACCGUAGUAGAUAUUAACCGAUGCGCAUACGCAUCGUCACACACGCAAUCAAGCAACCGCCGAAAUGUACCGCAACAUCGCUUUAGUAUUGGCCGCCAUAGUCACCAGCCAUCUGUGUCUCGCCAACCCUGUGCCAGAUCCCACAUUCGGUCACAGAACUCACAUCAGAAUCCACGUCCCAGCUGAAGUACACACAGUCCACCACCACCAUGUGGAAACUGUGCCCAUCGUGAGAGAAGUGCCCGUGGUACACACCGUCCCGGUCAUCAAGCCUGUGCCUGUGAUCAACACUGUACAUGUACCCAUUGUUAAGACGGUGGCCAUUGAAAAACCCGUCCUCGUACCAGUCAGAGAGCACUACAGCUACUUGCAUUGAUGCAAAUACAUGGGGCCUUAGUAAUAAGCGUUUUUAAUCUGUUAUCUAAUCGAUUGUGUUAUGUUCCUUCCACUCCUGCGUGUUGGGGACAAAACAAUGAUUACUUAGCAUAACGGUAAUAAAGUUUAUUAGUAAGGAAGUUAGUUCACUCAUCAAAGCUUUAAUAGAUAGUUAAUGGUGACUGAUGAUGAUGGAGCGGAAAAGAUUACAGUAAUUAGAAAUAAUUGUUGUGAUCUCACGACGAUCUCAGUGAAUAGUCACACUCUUCGUAGAUUAAAAAUACAACAUUAAUUAAAGUUUGGAUUUUU